CGCGCUAUAUCUUCAUUAUCAUUGCACUUGAUUUUGUGCUUUUACAAAAUGAAAUGGAAAUAUGUUAAUAAGUAAGUAAUAUAUAGUGUUCAAUCAAGUUAGCAAAUUUAAGGCUUUGAAAAGAGUUUUCUCGAUCCCACUGCAUGUUUCUAUGUGUAUAAUUUAGUGUUUUUAAAUAUUUUUUGUAGAAUGUCUCGCUCAUUUACGAACAGUAAGUUAAAAGUCGUAUUACGAAGGGAAUGACGUCAAAAGCAACGUGAAUUAAUAAACAAUAUAAUUGACUGUCACUUUGAAGAUGAUGAUUCAAUAAACAAUGAUAAUGAAAAUAACAAUACAUUAUAUGAAGAUACAAGUUCGAUUACAAUUGAUGACACCGAAGGUUUUCAUUCUUUCGAAAGUGAUCAUCAUAAUGAAUCAUCAUCUCGAGUAGACUACAUAAUAGAUACGGGUGACCUACUAGACGACGAUCAAUGCAACUUCAAAUAUGAUUUAUCAAAACCUUUAUAUGAUACUGCACGCAUAACUGUGAAGAAAGCAACUUCUGAAUUAAUGAAUUUUGCUGUGGAAUCAAACUCGGAUAAAUCAACGACUAUACGAUUAUUUAAAUUAGUAAAAAGUCUUUUACCUACGUCAAACAUAUUACCCACAACUUAUACUACAAUUAUGAAAUCUUUAGAACAAUUAUCACUUUCUCAAUCAAAAUACUAUUGUAACGGAUGUACUCAAUUAUGUAUUAUGCGAAAGAAUAAGAAAAUAUGUGAUAAUCGUGAUUGUGCAUUUUCUAGGUUAUCAUUAAAAUCCCAUCAAAUUAGCAAAAUUGUUGAACUCGAUCUUGCAACUCAACUAAAAACAAUAAUUAGUCGAAAUUUCUCUUUAUUUUUCAAUGAACAAAAACUUUCUCAAGAUUUCGAUGUGCCUCAUGGACGUCAAUAUCAAUCUUUUCCAACAUCUAAGAACCAAAAAAUAACUCUCAUAAUUCAUGCCGAUGGUUCACCACUUGUUCGUACUACAAAGUCUUCAGUUUGGCCUGUAUUCGGUUCAAUUGUCGAGUUACCACAUCAAGUAAGGGAAUUUCAAAGUAAUAUUUUAGUUUUAGCUUUGUGGGCAUCGUGUCAAAAACCCAAUGUCGACCUGCUGAUGAAGAACUGUAUUGCUCAAUUAGUCGAAUAUGAAAAAAAUGAUCUAGUAAUCAUGCUAAAUCCCUCUUUAUGA